ACUUCGGGAAUUCAUAGUUCGAUAACGAAACUGGAAAAAGGUUUGUUUUCAUAUUUUUACUUCAAAUAUAUCCAUAUAUGUGGUAAUUUUUCUUUCGUAGAGAUGACACCUCGGAUUUACCAGGAAGGCGGUGUGAUUCUCGUUAUCUGCCUCGGACUCGUUUUGUCAUCUGCUGAAACAUAUGCAUACGAAUAUUCUUUUGAGGUACACCAAGUAUCAAACUGUCCAGUGAGCGAGGAGGCGUGGGAAAAGGCGUCUAUCCGGUUAAACUGCACUCAAAAACAUGGAUAUCACUGCGUUCCCGAUGAAUAUUUCACUUCAUUAGUGGAAUUCUGUUAUUCAGAUGGAGACCGGUUGCCUUCUGAAAAAGGACAUUGUCUAGAAUUAGCAGAAGAUGGUAUCUUAAACCAAGUUCCCUGCAACACCUUCGACAGUGGAUGCCCUGAACAGUUUUAUUUCAGCAAUGAAAUAUACAAAUAUCCAAAGUGCUUGUCGAUCAACACGAAUUUCAAAUGCUUUGAUGCAGAUGUUCCAUGCAUAUUAUCAAAAAAUGCUGAAAGCACUACGAACAACAUCGUUCACAACACUAGCUCCCAAAGUAGCAUAACACUAGUGAACAGAAUAGAGAACCACUACCCAGACUACUUUGGAUCGUUUGUUGUCAUCUCCACCCUGUUUGUCGUUGAGAACAUUGCACUGUUUGGAUUUGCAUUUGUUAUGUACAAAUAUUACAUCAGGCGGAAAUAUCCCAAACAUGAUGAUGGUUAUUUAGCAGAGUCUACACCUUUAAAUGAUAUAGGUUCUACUUAUGAUGCUCUUGAGUCUUCAUCAAAAGAAGAUUUACCUGAUUUACUCAAAGGAGAAGAUCCUAACUUUGUGUGCCUGAGAGACAUCUGUAGAGAAGGAAAAGAGGUCGAGUUUCAUUCUAUGACAAAUUCAAAAUCGUUCGAUAAAGAUUUACUGAACAAGACAGAUACCAUGGGAUGGACUCUUCUUCAUCAUGCAGCUUACGGAGGAAAGAUGAUGAUUUUUCAACAACUUAUGAGUUAUAAAAUCAUAGACUUGCGUGCAACCGACAUCAUAGGUAGGACAGUGCUUCACAUUUCUACCGCUGCUAAAAAGGGGGAAGAAAAUGGAGAAAUAUUUAAGGCAAUCGUAGAAAAAGAGAAAGCUCUUUUAGAGGUAGAAGAUAAAAACGGAUUGAUGCCAUUUUGUUAUGCAGCUCUUGCUGGAAAUAAAUCAAUUCUGGAGCAGAUAUCUAUGUAUGGCUUUGAUAUAAGAAGGCAAACAAAAUAUGGAGAAACUGUUGCACAUUUAGCAUGUAUAGGAAACAGCUCGGAUGUUCUCCAGAUGUUAUCUAAAAUGGAUGAGAAAGGUAAACAAGAGUCUUUAAGAACGACAAAAGACGCACAGAGGAUAAUAUCAACAAAAAACAAGAUGGAUUGGAAUCCGGUGCAAUAUGCUGCAAAGACUGGAAAUAAAAAGAUUUUGCAAUUCUUAGAUGAAGAAAAGGUGCUUGUGUUCUAUUCCACCGGGGAUUUGAAAUAUUCCUUUCAUACAGCAUGCGAAAAUGGAAAUCUAGAAGCUUGCAAAUACAUAGCAGAACAUAGUAAACAAAGCCUACAUGCUCAUGAUAAGUCAGGGAGGCAUGCUGGUCAUUUUGCAUCUAAAAGUGGAAAUGUUGAAAUAUUGAAAUAUCUCGAAACUCAAGGCUUGAAAGCUGAUGGAUUGUCAGCCCAGAACAUUAAUAUUCUUCACAUAGCUUGUCGCCACGGGAGACUUGAUAUGUGCAAAUACAUAGCAGAAAGAUAUCCAGAAUUAGUUACACAAGAAAGUAAAAAAGGAUGGAACCCAGCCCUAUUUAUUGGUGAAAGAGGAGGAGCUGAUGAAGAAAGAAUAAACAUUUUAACACAUUUAGUGACAAAACACGAUUUAUUUGUAUAUCAUGUUUCCAGAGCCGGAAAGUCCAUUCUGUUCAACGCCUGCGCUAAUAGAUCCUACACACUAUGUGAGCAUCUUUUAAAAACUUAUCCAGGUCUUUUAACAAUCGAAAGAUCAAUGGAUCCAAAACGAGGAGCCAAAGAUAAAAAGAUAAAUGAACUGAUAAACAAAUAUUCAUAAAUUUUCUCCCCAAAUUCUGGUUAGCAGUUUGGUAGUGUUUAAAAUGGGUGUUGUCUGAUGAGGAUAGAUAUCAAAAUGCUUUUCCUUUCAAUGGUGUUUUGCAGUAUCUUCCAAGGUCAGCUUUGGACAAUUUGUGCUUGUCCAAAUAACAAAUUCUUGGGUUGCAUUGCAGUAAUCUUGAUAUCUAAUAUGUUCACGGUGUUCCUUGUUCUACUCACUUUUCUCAUGCUCUUUUAUUCAUACUUGAACUACUUCAUCUAAAACAGCAAUUUUCCGCCUUUUGAUGAAAUGUUUUGGCUUAUUUAAUUCGCACUCCAGGCCUGGAGGUUAUAAAACCUUUACCGUAGUGAUACUCAUACUCAGCCAUCUUUAUUUUAAGUACAACUAUGACUAUGUUCAAAGCAUACUCGAAAUAUCUUGAGCAUAAACUUCAUUUGAGUAUGAGAAUAAUUUUGUAAAAGUUUAAAAACCUGCACUUAUGCAUAUGAUUUAGCGUACACAGUUUGAAUAUGAAAACGUGCUCAAAAAGUUUUAUAAGCUCUAGGCCAGGCUUUGACGGCUGUAUUAAAAUUCAUUCAUUAAUCCACCAGCUUGUUCAAAAAUUGUGAAAGUUAAAACAUGUGAUAACAUUUUCACGAUUCAAUAUGAUAGCUAUUUCAUGAUUCAAUAGCACAUAACAUUUGCGAUAGGGAAAAGAAGAGAAAGUAGACAUAGGUUAAUUUGACUCAAGUAUCCAAAACAAUCAAAUAUUACUGGUAAGAAAUCAUAAUUCAUUUAUUUAGAAUUAGAUGAAUAAAUUUCCAGAAAUGCCUACUUUUCCAUCAAGUAAAACGUUCUUUUUCAUAUAUGUAUGUACAGCAAUAUUUGUUUCAAGAAAUACUGUACGUGAAAACAAAAUCAGAAUCGUGUUUUUGUCAAUUUCGCGCCCUUUAGUGUAAACUACAACGCCAUUAAAAAGCAAUUCUUUCAGUAUUUGAUUAAAAUAAAGUGUACAAAUUCCUACUUUUCCAUCAAGUAAAAGGUUCUUUUCCAAAUACAUAUAUGUAUGUACAGCGAAAUUUGUUUCAAGAAAUACUGUACGUGGAAACAAAAUCAGAAUCGUGUUUUGUCAAUUUCGCACCUAAUAGUGUAAACGACAACGCCAAAAACAAGCAAUUCUUUCAGUAUUUGAUUAAAGUAAAGUGUAAUCCAGUUUUUUAAUUUGGGACUUUUGAUUGUCAUAUGAUUGUUCAGACUCAAUACUGUUCAUAAAACUUUUAAAUCUUUAACCGUAUAGAAUAUUUGUAUGCAUCCAGAUUGACUGAAAAUGGUUUGUUGCGACUGAUCACGGUUGACAUAGAUGGGUUAAGGCCAGUUUAUAACAUAUAAUGAAAGAUUUUCGGUAAAGGAAUUAUACAUGUAGCCCCCUUCGUCAAUCUGAACUUGUUUUGUUGUAAUCAAACUGCCUUAGUUUUGUGAUCUAGCACCACAUCGCCACCAGAUCGGGAUGGUGGUAUGUUCUUGUUUGUUGUUGUUGUUUUAUUAUUAUUUUGACUUUGUUUUUCGUUAACUUUAAUUUAUGCCCCGAUGCAGCAUAUGUAGAUCCUUAUUGCUCAAGGGUUAUUGUUGAUUUGCUGAACUACGGACAAACUUUAGAACUUUAGAGAUAAUGAAACAUCUCCGACUCAUCAUUAGGAGCUGUUGUCGUAACAUUAUACGAUCAAUCAUUGUUUGUCUUAUGUUAUAUGUACGAUUUGAGAAUCCUGUGAUUUUUGUAAGAUAUUUACGAAUAUAUGAUUUAUCUAUUA